CCGCCUACUUUCCCAUCUCCCGAGUCCCAACCCAACGCCUCGUCCUAAAAAGAUCUCUCUCCCUCCCUCCUCUUUUUCAUUAAACGAGAGAGAGAUAAAAAGAAGGAAGAAUGAGGCCGGAAGCCGAGUUGAAGGCGAACGGAGGAGCAGCCAUGGCAGCGCCGCCGCCGGGGCCUCACGCGGCGUGGCACUCGCCGGUGCCGUACCUCUUCGGGGGGCUGGCGGCGAUGCUGGGUCUCAUCGCCUUCGCCCUCCUCAUCCUUGCCUGCUCUUACUGGAAGCUCUCUGGCUACCUCGAGAGCGGUGAUGGCGAUGUCGAGAACCGGGGCGGUGACGGGAAAACCAGCGCCGACCCCGCCGCCAAGCCGCGGGAAAGCUUCGAGCCGCGGAUUGUGGUCAUCAUGGCCGGCGACGAGGAGCCCACCUUCCUCGCCACGCCCAUUUCCAGCCGCGCCGCCGCCGACAGAGCUGUCGACACCGCCGGGAGCGAGAGCGUUGCUGACGGGAAGAAGACGGAAAGCGCGGCAACCGCACUGGCCGGCGAGCCGACACGGAACCACUGGGUGGAGGGCGAGCAGAACCACCUAGGCCAGGGCCAGAACGAAGAGCAGUGAUAUUUUUCUUCUUUUUUUUUUUUCUCUUUUUCGUCUUUUUGGUUCGACAGGAUUGGAGGAAAAAAAAACAAAAGAAGAAGAAGAGGAAACUUUUUAAGUCAGGAUUGUAAAUUCUUGAGUUAGAUUGGAAUGGAGAAAGAUUAAUUCUCUCAA